UUCCUCGCAUCCUAAGCUGGUUAAGUUAUCAACUCCCGUCGACGGCAAAAUUUCACCAGUAUCUUCCUCUUUCUCUUCGCGCAAUAUCCAAGAGCUCUAGUGAUUCAAUGGCGUUGACGCUGAAUACAGCUCCAUCUCUAAGAUUAUCGAGCAUCCAAGUCAAUCGAGUUCGAAUUCAAUCUGCUUUAUCGCCGGUUUCUGUUUCGUUUGCUAGAAGGAGGCUAUCGGUUGUUGCUGCUGAAACUGACGCGAAUGAAGUUAAAUCUCAGGCACCAGAUAAAGCGCCGGCAAGUGGUGGUUCGAGCUUCAACCAGCUUCUUGGAAUUAAAGGUGCUGCGCAAGAAUCUAAUAAAUGGAAGAUUCGUCUUCAAUUGACAAAGCCUGUUACAUGGCCGCCCUUGGUUUGGGGAGUAGUUUGUGGUGCUGCUGCUUCUGGUAACUUCCAUUGGAAUAUCGAGGAUGUGGCAAAAUCAAUUACUUGCAUGCUUAUGUCUGGUCCAUUUCUCACGGGCUAUACGCAGACAAUCAAUGAUUGGUAUGAUCGGGAGAUUGAUGCAAUUAAUGAACCUUAUCGUCCAAUCCCAUCUGGGGCAAUAUCGGAGAAUGAGGUUAUAACUCAAAUAUGGGUGUUGCUUCUGGGUGGGCUUGGCUUGGCUGGUUUGUUAGAUGUGUGGGCAGGGCAUGAUUUUCCUAUAGUCUUUUACCUUGCUCUAGGUGGCUCUUUGUUAUCAUACAUAUACUCUGCUCCACCUCUCAAGCUGAAACAAAAUGGAUGGAUUGGAAAUUUUGCUCUUGGAGCUAGUUAUAUCAGUUUACCAUGGUGGGCAGGUCAAGCUUUAUUCGGAACUCUCACGCCUGAUAUCGUCGUUCUUACACUCUUGUACAGCAUAGCUGGAUUGGGAAUAGCCAUAGUAAAUGAUUUCAAAAGUGUUGAGGGCGAUAGAGCUUUAGGACUUCAGUCACUUCCAGUAGCUUUUGGUGCUGAAACUGCUAAAUGGAUUUGCGUCGGAGCUAUUGACAUAACUCAAUUAUCUGUUGCUGGUUAUCUGUUGGGAGCUGGCAAGCCGUAUUAUGCAUUAGCCCUCCUUGCUCUAAUUGCUCCUCAAGUUUUUUUCCAGUUCAAAUACUUCCUCAAGGACCCCGUCAAGUACGAUGUCAAGUAUCAGGCAAGUGCCCAGCCGUUCCUUGUGCUAGGUCUAUUGGUCACUGCUUUAGCAACCAGCCAUUGAACCCAACAUGCGAAAAAUCAAAUGUGCACCUAUUAAGCAUGCGAGACAAAUGCAAGGCCAGAGAGCACAGGAAGCCAAGUCUUGGGACUCUCCACAGGCAGCCAAGCUCAAUUCAGGUUAUAUAUUUUGCCUUGUAACCGCAGGUUUUGGAUUUCUACCAGCAUAUUUCAAAACUUCGAUUUAGGAUUGUAUCACUAUCAGUUCUUAGAUUAGGUUUAGUUUCCUAUUACAUGAGAAUUAAAGUCCCUACCGUUGUCUUCUUACUUCAGGCUGCAAUAGAAUCAUAAUGCAUACCUUCUUGUUUCAAAAUAAUCAACCAUUUGUUUGUCUCUA